GUGUCAGCGAAAGUUGAAAUUGUGCUGUAGCCAUUUUCAGGAUAUAUUUUCCCGUUUUGGUUAAGGGUACGUGAAUAUCAAUAUGGAGAACUGAUUCCCAGCUUAUUGUGUAUUUCUCCUUCGUGAUAUCGUGUACGAGGUGUUGGUUGGUAUUGGGCCGCCAAUGGCACUAUCGCAUGACCCGGAAUUGAGGGCUUACGGCAAACAGAUUGCUGGGGACGCCCACGCGGUCUCUAUUACUGUCCACUUCUAUCUCAAACCUGCCUUCCCUGAGAUAUCAGGCCAAUCCGACAACGUCGUAGACUCCAUCCACUAUGGGCGUCUCAUCUCAGCGCCCUCGGCAUCUUUUGCUGGUGUCCGUGGACUCGUACAUAAGGUCACUCAGAAAGUGUUCGCUCUGGCCAGAGAGUGUAUUUUACUUGCGAAUAACUUUGAGGUUGAGGUGAUUAUACAUAGGGGCAUAGACAGUUUACAGCAGGCUGCAGAGGUGUCUUUCAAAGACCUUGUCGUUCCCGUGCUGCUAGUUUGGUGUCAAUCCCCCAAACGGCUUGCAAAGCAGAAGCUGAUCACUGAUCACGAUGGAGAUCACGGAUACACCGCUCCAAUGAACAUCACAUUCUACCGGAAAUCUUGUAUGCACCAAGUGGACUACCUUGCAAUCAUUAAACAGAUAUUCGAGCUCUCUUCCUCCCAAAUCGAACAUACUGCAUACCUCACGCUCGAAAAAUUGGUUCUACACAUCGUCCGUAGCACCAUCACCGUGACUACACGCUCGCAGAAGCCCAGUGCACUGUCCUUCGCUCAUUCUUCUGGUAUUGAGAUAACUCGGCUCUCGCUCUCGAGCACAUUCACACCGCCACGGACGUGGUUCCUCGACAGGAGUUCAAUCACACGUCAUUAA